AUGUGUCUUCAGGAGAAAAUGAAUACACAAUUAGAAUUUAGCUGUGAAGAAUUGCUGGCCACUGCAUCUAAUUUAUCUGCUGCUGGUACAGAAACAACAGCCAGCCCUCUGAGAUAUGGGCUUUUAUUGCUCAUGAAAUACCCAGAGAUACUAGCCAAAGUUCAUGAAGAAAUUGACCGAGUGCUGGGCUCAAGCAGGAGGCCCUCCAUGCAGGACAGAGUCAAGAUGCCCUAUGUGGACGCUGUUGUGCAUGAGAUACAGAGAUAUAUUAGUCUUCUCCCCUUCAGUCUUCCCCGAUUAGCACCCCAGGACAUCCACUUCAGAGACUAUGUGAUUCCCAAGGUCAGAUGUAUUUAUUUUCAUUAUGAUUUUCACAAAGCAUAAAAACACCCUGUUGGCAAUGGACACAGAAUGCCAGCUCUAUUUGCUUACUUUGUCGUAUAGAGAUGCUUAGAGAAGCAGUUGUAUUAUAGAAAACAGAAAGCUGGCCUCUAGAGGCAGGGAAAGCUGUUUUCAGGGCCUGCUUCUAACAUGUAUUGGCCUUGUUAACACAUACUGGGCAACCAGUUUACCUCUAGG